AAUUUCAUUUCCUAGCCUCCAUCUCCACUAGGGUAGGUCAUUUCUUUCUCUUUAAAAUCAACUCUGAUUUCAGCAUCUAUUUAUAUUGGUUUUAGGGUUUGUCUAAAACCAACUUGUGCAUCAAUCAAUCCAACAUAAUCAAUGGAAUGGGAAUGGGAAUGGGUAUUGGAUUACUUAACCGGAAUGAUCAAACCAGCCUUAGCCCUAACCGCAGUUCUAAUGGCAGUUGCAUUAUCCUACUUUGAAAAACUAGGUUUAGAAACCGACAUGAUCUAUUCCAUUUUCCGAGCUUUUCUUCAACUCUCAAUCAUCGGAUUUGUUCUUCAAUUCAUCUUUACCCAACAAAAUCCCAUCUGGAUUCUACUUGCAUAUCUCUUCAUGGUUUGUGUAGCAGGGUAUACAGCAGGACAAAGAGCAAAACAUGUCCCAAAUGGUAAAUACAUUGCCGGAGUUUCAAUUCUCGUCGGAACAUCACUAACCAUGUUCAUAUUAGUUAUCCUAACCGUCUUCCCUUUCACACCACGAUACAUAAUUCCGGUCGCCGGAAUGAUGGUCGGAAACUCAAUGACUACAACCGGAGUUACAAUGAAAAGACUUCGAGAUGAUAUUCGAUCACAAAUGAACUUGGUUGAGACUGCUUUGGCUUUAGGUGCAACACCUAGACAGGCAAUAUUACAACAAGUGAAGAGAUCUUUGGUUAUAGCACUUUCGCCGGUGGUUGAUAAUUGUAAGACUGUUGGAUUGAUAUCUCUUCCCGGAGCAAUGACCGGACUUAUUAUGGGUGGAGCUUCUCCUUUAGAAGCGAUUCAAUUACAGAUUGUUGUUAUGAAUAUGCUCGUCGGAGCGUCGACGGUGAGUUGUAUUAUUUCUACUUAUUUAUGUUGGCCUAACUUCUUUACCGACGGAUAUCAAUUACAAGAAAAUGUAUUUUCUUCUGAUUAGAUAUUACUUCUCCGGCGAGUGAUGAAUUAAUGAUGUGGAAAUUAAAUAUUUAUAUUAUUACUUUUAUUUUUUUGGUACU